AUUCCAAAAAUUCACAAAACUUCAUUUCCCAAUAGCACGAAAACUCUUUCUGUUCAGCAAAGCUUCAUCAUCACCGAAGCUUCAUCUUCACCGCCACCGUCAUCGCCACCGUCAACCUAUUGCGCCGCCAUCGAAUUUUUUCCAUUACAAAAUAAAGUAUGGAGUCAAUGGAUAUGAGUGAGUAUGCACAAGGUCAAGAUGAAACUCGUAAGGAAACAUUGUCAACACUUUGGAUUAUUUUCACUAAAAUCGGCAAAGGAAAAGAUGGAGUUGAAAGAGCUGCAUGCAAUUUUUGUAGUACUGAUUUUGCUAUUGGAAAAAACCCCAAGUCCGGUCAAAGUUAUGGAACUUCACAUCUAAGUCGUCAUGUGUUUAUUUGUAAAAGUUUUCAGAUGAGCCUUCUUAGUCUAGAGGAAUCGUCAAGCCUAACCCCAAUCAACCAAAACACACAUCGUGAAUUACUUGGAGAAGCCAUUAUUGCACAUGAUCUUCCUUUUAGCUUUGUCGAGUAUGAAAAAAUUCGAGUUUGGGUGAAAUAUUUGAAUCCAUGUGUUGAAAUGGUCUCUAGGAAUACCACGGUGUCUGAUAUUGAAAAGAUAUAUGAUAAAGAAAGGAUCAAGCUUAAGGAAAUCAUGGGUAGGAUUCCAAAUAAAGUUUGUCUAACAUCGGAUGUUUGGACAGCAUCUACUAGUGAGGGUUAUAUUUGUUUGACUGCUCACUUUGUUGAUGAAAAUUGGAAGUUAGUUAGUUGUCUUCUUAACUUUCUUCGAAUGAAGCCCCCCCACACGGGUGUCGCAUUGGAAGCUACUUUAUUUGAUUGCUUAAAACAAUGGGGAAUAGAUAAGAAAAUAUUUACUAUUACGGAAAUUUGA